AUGUUCUUUAUUGAGGGUGUUGACGGGUUUAUUGGGCGGGAUGUCGAAACAGCACACGAAUUCCUCGACAGCACAAUUGAGCCUUCAAUGACAUCAGGUCAGGGGUACGGUGGUCCU